GCUACAUAUAAUGGUCAUUUACAAGAAUCUAUAAGACGGUUCCGGCGACAUAAUCAAGAUUUAAAUUAUAUAUAUGAACAAGGUUACAACUUCACUGGUGAAAUAAGCAACGAUGUACAUAGAGAUGGAUGGGAAAGUGAAAAGGUCGAACAAAGGAGUGAGAAUAAGGAGUAUUCGAAGGAUAUUGAAUAUGAUAAGUUAGAUGAAAAAAGUAACCUUGAAGGUUCCGAGAGUCGUAAGGCUGAUCGUAACGUCUAUGUUGAUAGGAAGACGAUUUUUAAUGAGGAAAGUGAAAAAAUUAUAUAUAAAAUAAAAGAAUUUGUUAGUGAUAAGGGAAUACUAAAUACGAACAACGAUAGUAACAGAGAUAAAGAAGCGAAUAGAAAAAGUGGAACAUAA